AGCGGCGGGUAGCGGAGCAGGCUUCCCGGGAACCAAGGCAGGCGAGCGCGGCUGGCAGCCUCCUCCGCGCCCAGUCCAGAGCUGGGGGGGGGCGGGACGACGUGUGCCCGGCACCGCUGCACGGGGGGGACCUGCCCAGCGCCAGAGGAGGAGGGAGCCGCCUCACCACCCGCCCCCGCGACCCUGGUCCUCCUCCUCACCCCACUGGAUACAGCGAGGCAGAGGGAGACACUGCGGCGGCGGCGGGCGGCGGCGGCGGCGGAGGCGGCUCCUGCUGGGGGACAGAAGCGCCCGGAGACAGGCGGCGGAGGCUGCGGGAAUCUCUGCCUGGCGCCCACCCAGCCCGAGGGAAGCCCCCCAGGAUGCGGCUGAGACCCAGCGCCCUGCUGCGCUUCUACAGCCUCUGCGGGCUCCUCAUACAAGCGGCUGCUACUAAGAACAAAGUUAAAGGCAGCCAAGGGCAGUUUCCACUCACACAGAAUGUUACAGUUGUUGAAGGGGGAACAGCAAAUUUGACCUGCAGGGUUGAUCAAAAUGAUAACACCUCCCUCCAGUGGUCAAAUCCAGCUCAACAAACUCUGUACUUCGAUGACAAGAAAGCCCUGAGGGACAACAGGAUUGAGCUGGUUCGAGCUUCAUGGCAUGAACUGAGCAUCAGCAUCAGUGAUGUGUCUCUGUCAGAUGAAGGGCAAUACACCUGUUCUUUAUUUACUAUGCCUGUCAAAACUUCCAAGGCUUUUCUCACUGUUCUGGGUGUUCCUGAGAAGCCACAAAUUAGUGGAUUUACUUCACCAGUUAUGGAGGGAGAGAGGAUGCAGCUAACCUGCAAGACCUCUGGUAGCAAACCAGCAGCUGAUAUCAGAUGGUUCAAGAAUGACAAAGAGAUUAAAGAUGUCAAAUAUUUAAAAGAAGAGGAUGCAAAUCGCAGGACAUUCACUGUUAGCAGCACACUGGAUUUCCGAGCGGAUCGGGGUGAUGAUGGUGCCGUUGUACGUUGCAGAGUAGACCAUGAGUCCUUAAACGCCACACCUCAGAUAGCAAUGCAGGUUCUAGAAAUACACUAUACACCUUCAGUUAAAAUCAUAUCUUCCAGUUCAUGGCCAGAAGAAGGACAAUCUAUAGUUCUGACUUGUGAAUCCAAAGGAAAACCACUGCCGGAACCAGUAUUGUGGACAAAGGAUGGCGGAGAACUACCAGACCCAGAGAGAAUGGUUGUCAAUGGUAGGGACCUAAGAAUUAGUUUCCUAAACAAAACGGACAAUGGUACAUAUCGAUGUGAAGCAACAAACCCUAUUGGCCAAAACAGCACAGAGUAUGUCCUGAUUGUACAUGAUGUUUCCAACACUUUGCUUCCCACCACUGUCAUCCCCUCACUUACCACUGCAACAGUCACAACCACUGUAGCCUUAACAACCAGCACAGCCACAUCGGCAACAGCCAUCAGCACCAGAGACCCAAAUGCUUUGGCUGGACAGACUGGACCUGACCAUGCUCUCAUAGGAGGAAUAGUGGCUGUAGUUGUCUUUGUCACAUUAUGUUCUAUAAUUCUGCUUGGACGAUAUCUGGCAAGACAUAAAGGAACAUAUUUAACAAAUGAAGCUAAAGGAGCUGAAGAUGCACCUGAUGCUGACACAGCCAUUAUCAAUGCAGAAGGCAGCCAAGUCAAUGCAGAGGAGAAAAAGGAGUAUUUCAUUUAGAUGCAGACCUAGAUUCUCUGAGUUUUACUUAUCAGGCUGACUGCUGGAGAAAACUGGCUAUCAUCUUUCAGAAUUCAUUUCUGCCAUCUUCUGCAAACUUUAUUAACUUUCAUACUGCUAUAAGUAGCCAGUUUAUGCCAACAAUCAGUUGUUGACAGCAUCAUUCUUUCUUUACAGUACCAUCCACAAUGCAGGACAUUUCUUAUUGCCUAAAAUUCAUAUCCAUUGCUCUCUUAACAUACAGUGCUUGAAUAUACAGCCUUAACAAUGUUAAUCUUCAUCUUAAAUCAUGCUGUUGAGUUUUCUACAUUUUUAAAUAUUAUAUAGCUUUCUUCUUUUCCAGUUUUCUUUUACCAUGGUCCCUAUCAGUAUGUCAUUGGAUGAUUUUCAUAACAAAUACUAUUCGAUAAGGACCUAAUGUACUUACAUAAAACAUUAAAUCUAAGAUUAGAGGUUUACAAAGAAUGUUUUAUACAUGUCUAUAAUUCAAAGGCAACUUGUUUUUGAAACAUAUGCCCUAGGAACCACAAACUGAAAACAUUAUAGUAUAGUUUCUUGUAUGCUUGGAUUUGGUGGAAAAGGAGUAUCAAUACGUCAUUAAAAAUGGUACCUUGAUACUAAUUCCAUGCUUGGGUGGUAAUUAAAUCAUACUGUAUUAUCUAUACAGAUGCUGCAGAGUUAGAUAAUUGUAGCUUCAUUCUGAAACAAAUUAAUUCAGCCCUUUUACUGCUUUUUGGGAUCACAAGAUUAGAUACGUUCCUAUAAUUUCGGUUUUAAUAAUUUAUUUGCGUCAUAUGGACUCACCUGCCUAUUCAGAUUUGUAGUGUUCAUGGGGCACAAUUGCAAGGCAUUUUCCUAUCUGUAUAUAGUGCAUAUAAUAAAUCCAAUUAAACAUUAUUUGAUACAUAUUUAACUUUUUUGGCUAUAGCUAAGUCAGUCACAAGUAAGCAUUUUCUAAUGUCCAUUAUAUCCCUUUAGAUAUGACUUAAAUCAAUAUUCUAAAUAGAUAACAUGUAUUAGUAUUUUCUGUCUGUAUGUCCUAGCACUGUUCAGCAGCAAACUUUUCUAGUUCUUGUUAAUUUUUCUUUGUUAUACAAUGGAAGCACAAUGUUAUAUGGAAAGAUAGUUUUAAGCUAACAACCAGUGCACAGCCUCAGGUUUUGAAUUACAACCACAUUUGAUUAAUAUCCUUAAAAAAUACUGUUAUGUUGCUAAAUUCUCGAUUUUUAAUUUGGCAGUUCCACAGCUGCUUAUCUAUGUUGGGUUGCCAAAAAAAAAAAAGAAAAAAAAAAAAAAAAAAAAAAGAAAAAAGAGUUAAAUGAUAUAUGUUUUGUGUAUACGGUAAAUGGACUAAUUCUUUAUAUUAAAUUCCUGUCUAUGCAUUUUGUGGGGUACAAACUUAUGUCACAGUGAAUGAUAGAGAAUUUCUGCCAAUGCUUUUAGCUCUAUGGUGAAAGUCUCUCUAAAAGUCUCAUGUUCUUAAAUAUGACAACAAAACACUAUAAGCCCAAUGGCUUAUUUCCUCUUCCACUGAAAUAAAAAUGGUGCCAGAUCAACUCUUGGUAGUGAUUCCAUGCUGGAGAAUGAAAAUCUGUAUCAUUUGGAGUUCAUCUCUCUCUCCCAAGUGUUGCAUCUUUGAAAAAUAGUAUUUCUAUAUGGUUGCUAUACUUGUGAAGUCUAAAAGCAUGAUGGCUUAGUGUAAAGGAUUAUCUCCUGGGAUUUAUUUUUUGUGGGGGUGGGGGAGGGAGAAUCUGAAUACAUCAUCAUGUAUUAAGAUAAAAUGGAAGACAAAGGUGCUGUGUCAGAUUAUUUAUCAGAAGAGUAUAAGCCUAUUAAGGAGAAUAUUAUAGUAUUUUAAUUGUUUUCUUUCUUUCUUUUUGUUGAAACAUUUAUCUUGUUAAUUUCUAAGAAAAAAGAGGGUGAUGUUGAUCAAGCAGCACUUUUUCAAAAUAUACAGAACAUAAAUAAUAUGAUGUGGUUGAGUGUUAACAUAAUAAAUCAUAUACAGUAUGACAUUUUAAAGAAAUAAGUCUGCAUUGAUGUGAUUGCAUGCUUGUUUUUACAGUUCACUCCAUACCAUCUGUGGAAAAAUGCAAUAAUAUGUUAAUAUAGUAUGGUAGUUUGAGAGAACCAGGUAGGUGCUACUAGACACAUUGAGACUAGACACAUUGAGCUUUUCAAGAUAUUCAUGUCUUUCAAAGCAUACACUUUUAAAAGGUUGGCAAAGGAAAUCAUUUAGUUUAGUACCAGAACAGAAAGGUUCUUGUCACAACAGUAAGUUGCAUUAACAGCAUUACAAUACUGUAUAUCUCAGUCUGGUUAAUGACUUAGGGUUUGAGCCAACAAAUCACUUAAGCACGUGAGAAGAUCCACCUAAUUCAAUGGAACUACUCAAAGUAAGUUUUUUGCUGGAUCAGGGCCUUAUUUAUUGAAGUGGAGCUGUUCAUCAGUGCUGCUUUUACAUCUUCAUACAUUCUAUCUAAACUGCACUUUGCUUGAAUUGUAGAGUCAUUGCUUAAAUCAUUACUUACCAUGAUGUCAAGUGAGACCUUCAAAUGUUAGAGCAUCUUUAGAUGUGACCACUCAAAGCCGUCUUGUCAGCGUCAUGUAAAACCAGCAUUGAAACAUUGCAAAACCAGAAAUAAAUUGGACACUUAAAUUACAUUGGUUGUUUUUUUAGUUAAAACUCUUAAUGUGUGCUAAUUUUCAAUAGAUUUCUGAUUUUUCCACUGUCUUGCAUCUUGUAAUUUCAUUUACAUUUGUGCAAAGUGGGUGUAAAAACACUACACCCGGUAUAAAUGAAUUGAGAAUUCUGAUUGUGUAGUUCUUUACAUCCAUCUACAUCUACAUGUUCAAAUGACUUCACUGGGUGUAAGGUAAUAAAUACAGUGCCAUUCCCUUUGUAAGCAACAUCAUGGCUCACUUAGAACUGAGUAUAGUAUUCAACAGAUAAAAACACAUUGUCUUUCUCCUUUAUACAAAAAGAUCCCAUUCAGAAAUACUGAGCCCAUUAUAGUCUCAAGAAAUCUGUUAAAUGUGUAAAAUGAAAGCUCCGAAUGGGAACCAUGUUAGUUAGAAUGUUAGUAUAACAUCCAGACCUACAAACACAUGCAAUGUAAUUUACUCAAGACAAGGUAGCUAAUUACUGCCAGUUUACAAUGUCCAUUGAUUAUUUUUAACUUUCAAAUGUAGAACAAUGUUAUUUUUUUUAAUGCUCUGACAACAUAAUCAUUAAACAGGCAUGUGACAUCACAGGCAAAUGGGUGCAUCUUUCCAUUCUGUUUAGUGUCAUCAGAGAAUCCAAGAAGCAGUUUAAAGAACCUGAUAUUUAAGUUGAGGCUAAGAAUUUUAUCUGGAACACUUAAAAAUGUCUUCACAUUUCUUGCACUGAGACUUCCUCUAUAAAGAAUACAUGAAGAAAACCAACUUUUCUAAAUAAUACAUGGAAGUUAAUGUGUAUUUUCAUUAUAGCAUAAUAUAGAUAUAACUAUCUCAAUGAAAAGAAAGGACAGGAUCAUCUGUAAUUAUGUAAUUCAGCUGAUUGUAAACAGCACUGAAGUUACCAUGUACGGACAUGUACUUCCAUGUAACACAGCAGUUAUAGUGUAAUUUAGUGCCACUUAUUGUAAAGUGUUACCAAAAGGAAAAUGGAACUCUUACCUUUACUAAUCUGUUCAAACUAAAGUUAAAUUUAGUAAAUCAACACCAGGAAUCUGACAUUCCAUUUCUUUAAUAAGGAGGUGAUAUAAAACUUCAUGUUCACCCCACAGUUUUUCCCACCACCUAACUAGAUUACUACAAGUGUCCAAUCUACUCACUCUUAAGGAAUGGUAAUCUGUGAUGAACGUACCAAAAAAAUUCAGCUACUUCAAUUGAAUCAGCUAAUAGAAACAACUGAGUAAUGCUUUUUAUUAAGUGGCACAAAGUACACACUAAAAACUAUGCAAAAAUAUAGGUAACUACAGUGUACUUACAUGUAAGUAUCUUGUACUUCCUGUGUAUGGAUAUUGGAAACCUAUGUAAUUAUAAUAUGCAUUUUGAUUAUUUUAAAAGAGGGGAAGAAAAACCCUAGCAGUGAAAAUAACUUUAAAGUACACACACAUGCAAUAGUCAUGCUUAAUGCAAUAUGCUUAAUUCCUCUACUUGCAAUGAUAUUUAAUUUAUUAUAAUGCAUCUCUGUCCUUCCACCCCACUAGCUCUGUCUCCCCUCUAGUACCAUUGAGGUCCUAUGAGACUCCACUGAAACGCUUUUAGGACAGAGUAAGAAUUCAUUUACAUUUGUGGCACAAAGCACAAAUGUAAAUGGCUUUAUUACCAGCAUACUGCAAGUUUGGCAAUCCUGGUCAGUAAUCUCUUUUUGACUCAACAGAACAAGGUUGUUCUUUUUUCCUUCUUGGGGAAGUCUAGCAAGCUAAGAUACUGAAAUGUACUUCCAUAUGCCCUGGGUUUUUUUAGCUUGAACAGCAGAGAGAAAGAAAUGGAGAACUGCAUUAUGCUGACCUCUAUUUUGUUGAACCACCUGGAAUUUUCACUAUUUCUUUCACAAUACUGUCAGGUAAUCUUACAUUGUGAGUACAAACUGCUUCCAUCAAAGUACAGAGGAAGCCUUUAGUGAUAAAGUUAACUUUUUCUAAACAUGAAAUUUUAUAUCUUUUUCUUCUUGUUUUCUGUCAUACCCUUCCAAAAGUAAUUCACUGAAAGUAGUGAGAGAACGUGAAAUAGCAAAAGAAGAAAAUGAAUAUAUUAAAUGUAAUAUAGGAAACGGCACUCACUAAAGUUUUACAAUAUCACUCCAUGCUUGUAUAUAAUAUUAUGAUUUAACAAUUCCAGUUAGAUGAAAUGUAGGAAUUGAAAACAUGGGGUAAACUGUUAAGCUACCUCUCACGUUAAAUACUGGCUGUGAAGUGUCUAUAUACAUUUUUAAAAUAUUACAAAGUCUUAGAUUUAGCCUCUAAAAGGGAUAAUUGUAAGUUUUGCUGUUGACACUGAAAACAACUUGGCUGCAUUCAUGGCUCUUUAUCUAAUUUCCUCUGUCCCACAACCCCAAUUUUUACUAUCUUCUGUUGUAGGUAUUCCCACUGGGUAAUACCGUAGAUACAGGGCCACAUCCUCAGCUGCUAUAUCUCCACUUAGCUCUAUUUCCUUUAGAAUAGGCUGAUUUGCAUUGGCUGAAGAUGCAUCCCAUAAUGUUUACAAACACAGUUAUACCAUACCAUUAUCUAUUAAAUAUGGAGAAGAAUAUUAUACAAUUCAGCUGUAACACAAUUACUUUCACUAACAAAGAACGUAGGUUUAUAAUGUCAAUUCUAAAACCAUAUGCAAGUUUUUGCAUUACAUCAGUAAUACACAUGCUGUCAAGAUAUUUUAACUUAUCAUUUAUUUAAACAUAAUAUCUCCAAUGUACAUUUACAAUACAAAUACUCAAUCCAAGGAUUACAGCAGCAUAGCUCAGUGGUUUGAGCAUUGGCCUGCUAAAUCCUUGAGGGGGCCAUUUGGGAUCUGCGGCAAAAAUUGGGGAUUGGUCCUGCUUUGAGCAGGGGGUUGGACUAGAUAACCUCCUGAGGUCCCUUCCAACCCUGAUAUUCUAUGAUUCUAGUGCAAAAAAAAAGCAAAGCAAAGCAAUGUGUCAAUAUGGAAGAGAUUAUUUCUGAAACUUUUCAACACCAGGAUUUCCUACAUGAUUGUUCUAGGAGGGCCUGAUCUAACUACCACUAAAGUCAAAGGCAGUCAUCUGACAGACUGUAAGGGAAGUUAGCUCAGACCCACAAUGCUAUUCAAGUAUCACACCAACAUACUGCAUUUGGAGCAACUCAGAAGGAUGAUGGGUGUGGUGGUGUGUGCGUGCAAACAUGGUUUUAUGCCAUUCCAAUCCAUGGCCCUUCUAACCAACCCCUACUGCCAUUGGGCCUCCAAGGGGGCUGUUCCCAUUAGUUAGGAAUUGCCAGUGCCCAGACAUGCCCAUUUUUCUGAGCAAAGCCCUUUGCACCAGGGUCAAAUGGGGAAAUGGCAUGGGAGCUGAUAUGACUCUAGAGCACCUGGGGAUUCCCUAACACAAUGAAAAGCCCUCAAGUAGCUGGUUAAACCAGCUUCGUCGCUUCUGCGUGUCGCCAAGGAUCUGUCCUUCCCCUCCCACCCUCCCAUCUUUUGUGUGUAAGUGACUUAAGGCUCUGCUGUGUUAAAAGGAACAAUUGCUGAGGUGGAAGAAAGACUCUCCUUUCCAAUGAAUGCUUUAUGUUAUUACAAAGGAAAAGUGACAGAAUUUUUUAAAGAUUUCAGGUGCAAAAGCUAAGCAUGCCAAGGGUCAGUACUUAAGCACUUUCCCUGUAUCCAGGGUCAAGCCAGAAGUGUUUCCUAUGUAAGUACUGAUCUCUGUACUUAGUCUUAUCCUGUCCUUGCACACAGUGCUGAAAAUUGCUGAUACUGUUUUCUUUUACAUUACUAGCUUUUCUUUUUUUUUUCUUGUUCUACAUGAAAAUUAUUAGAGGGUUUUCAUACUAAAUGCACCCCCCAUUUUUAAGGUAAGUUCUGUUUUAUAAAUAUUUAUGUUGGUUCAAAAGAGGAGACAAAUGUUAUUUGGAUAUUUGGAGUGAACUAUUGUUCCUUUUCCCCUUCCUUUCUGCAGUACGUUGGAUAUUUAGUCCUCAUUUAAAUGUAACUAGAUUUUCCCAUAUCCCUAGGUAGUUUCCAUAUAUACACACAAACAAAGGCAGCCUUGCAAUCAUCUGCUUUUAUGUACUGACUACAGCUAAACAAUGAACAAAGAGUUUGAGAUUUGGACUCAUGGACUACUGGAGUCAUACAUAACUCACUCUCAAAAUUCUUAAUGCAGCAUUUCUAUUGAGUUCAACAGCAUUUGGCUCAAGUCCUUAAUCUAAAUAUUUGAGCUGAUCUCAAGUUCUUUUCUAAGGGCUUCAAUUCCAAACUCCAUUCCCUGUGCAUCCUUUACUUUUAGCUUAGAUAUUUUAUAACAACAAAACACUUUCAAUAUUGCAGGAAGAUUGCUAGAAUACAGAAGGAAAAAGUUGUGAAAAGCUAUCAACUAUUUCCAUUGAUACACUAUGUAACAGUAAUCUCAUAGGAACUUCAAUGUGUUAUGCUAUUAGACUUAGAAAUUUAUCCUUCCACAUGCAGUGAAUUUCAAGAAAAAAUAUAAACUUCAUGCUGUAAGUAAAAUCCAAUGGAAUUAAGCAUAUUGCACUGACUAUGGAAAUUCAGUUACUGCAUCUAAUUUUCUCAACAAUUGUAAGUGAACAAAAUGCACAUUGUAAUGUUAGGUACAUGACACUUGCAUGUUGCUAUGCCUAUAUACUUACAGAGUAUUCAAUGUGUACUUAGUGGCGCUUAAGAAAUGUCAUGUACAAUUCUUAUAAACAUUCUUACAGGGUUCCCAUUUGCACUUCAUCUUUCAGUAAAGUCUUGUCAGAAAAAUGUCUGAUGAAUAUUAUUGAAAAAAAUAAAAUUUCAAUUUUAGUUAUCUGUUGGA